GAAGGCUUUUGUAAAUGGUUGUCAGUAUAAUGGAGAUAGUAUGAUUCUUCAUAUCAGUUUACCUAAAAUAGACUUUUUGAGAAACAAUUUGGGUUUUAGCUUGACAGAGAAUGAGCUCAGCUUCAGCCUUAGAAGCAGAUACACCUGACCUGAUAUGUCAGCUAGACAACGUCCAGGGUAUGGUCGAUGCCCUCAGCUCUGUUCGAUGGAAACGCCACCAGGAUGCACUUGUUGAACUGUCGGAGCAUGGCAUUGUUUUGAUUGUUGAAGAAACCGGUUGCCUUCAGGCCAAAGUCUAUCUGAAGCGUGAGCUUUUCCUCACUUACGAAUAUGGCACUGACCGACGCCCAAGAUUCGGAGUGAGCUUGAGCCUCUUUGUUGAUUCCCUGAACACAUUUUCUACUCCUGGACAUCCAAGCACAAUUGAAAUUCGAUAUCCAGGACCUGAUAUGCAGCUCCUUCUCCAGUCAGUUGAUACACCAGAUGCUUGCAUUUAUGCUGAGAUAAGAACAAGAAUUCCUGAUACCAUGUCAUGGGACUAUAAUUUUGAACCUGCAGGAAGCACCCCACUCACUUUUACUGUGAAGUCUGCAGCUCUGAAGGAGGCCAUUGAUGAUCUUGAUUGGCCAGGUUCAGGCAUCCAGAUAGUUCUACAGCCAGAUCCUCCAUCUGUUACCUUUAGAGGUGAAGGCCAUGGUGAUUUACAGAUUGACUUCAUGUAUUAUGCAAAUACCGAUCUUCUGAUUGCAUUUCAAUGCGAUCGCCGGGUGUCUUACAGGUAUAAGUACAAGUUCCUCCAUGCAACAACUUCAAACAUUCCUAGCAGUGUUAUAAAGGAUAAUAGAGGGAGCAAACUGUCUAUUGGAAGGGGUGGAAUAUUGAAAGUACAGCACCUGGUUUCCGUUGCAAGAUCAUCCAUCCCACACAUUGAUUCUGCUGGUUAUCAGCAACCUAGUCGAAUUGCUUAUAUCGAGUUCUUUGUCAAACCUGAGGAAGAGGAAGAUCCCGUUAAUGAUUCAUAGCAAUUUUUUUUUAGGUAUUAACUCCAUAAUCAACCAUUGGGCUUUAUGUACGAUCGUGUUUCCACAGUUUCCUAACUAGUC